GUACUGCUCUGCUCAGUGCACAUGCCAGCAUAUGAGUGUUGAGCACAGUGCUAAAACAGGAGUUUCAAGGCAGCAGUUCAUGUAAGCAGUGGAUCUAAUUUGACUUUUACCUGUGCCUCAUGUGCAGCUGAUCUGCUGUGCAAGCUGGAAGAAACACACAGACACUUCUGACUGCCUUUUUUCUGCCAUAGUGUCAUUCUAACAGCAGGUGUCGACAUGCUGGAGCAGGUUCUGUCAUUUGGCCGCUCCCUGGUGCGCAGGAAGGUGGUCGACCUGAGCAACCUGGAGGACUCGAAGCUCUGCCGCUGCCUGGGAACCGUCGACCUCAUCGCCCUGGGAGUUGGCAGCACUCUGGGUGCCGGUGUCUACGUCCUGGCUGGAGAAGUGGCGAAGGGCGACUCAGGCCCCAGCAUAGUCAUCUCCUUCUUAAUCGCCGCCCUAGCCUCCGUCAUGGCCGGCCUGUGUUACGCCGAGUUUGGCGCACGAGUUCCUAAGACGGGCUCUGCUUACCUUUAUAGUUACGUGACUGUGGGAGAGAUCUGGGCCUUUAUCACUGGUUGGAACCUCAUUCUCUCCUACGUGAUCGGCACUUCCUCGGUUGCCAGGGCUUGGAGUGGCACAUUUGAUGAAAUGAUAGGAGGGCACAUAGAGGUUUUCUGUAAGACCUACUUCAGCAUGAACUCUCCUGGCUUAGCUCAGUACCCGGACUUCUUUGCCGUCUGCCUGAUUCUGCUGCUUUCCGGUCUCCUGUCGUUCGGGGUGAAGGAGUCCGCCUGGGUCAACAAAGUCUUCACUUCAAUCAACGUCCUUGUACUCUUGUUCGUCAUCAUCUCCGGCUUCGUCAAGGGAGACGCAUACAACUGGAAAAUAUCAGAGGAAUCCCUCAUUAAUGUGACCAUAGUUACAAGGAACUUGUCGGUGACGGCCAAUGUGAGCAGUGAUUAUGGAGUGGGAGGAUUUAUGCCCUACGGCUUCAGUGGGACCUUAGCUGGAGCUGCCACCUGCUUCUACGCUUUUGUUGGAUUUGACUGUAUCGCAACUACAGGGGAGGAGGUGAAGAACCCUCAGAGAGCCAUCCCCAUCGGUAUCGUGGUGUCACUGACCGUGUGUUUCCUGGCGUACUUUGGCGUGUCGGCUGCCCUCACGCUGAUGAUGCCCUACUACCUGCUGGAUGAGAAGAGCCCUCUGCCCAUGGCCUUUGAGUAUGUGGGCUGGGGCCCUGCCAAAUAUGUGGUCGCUGCAGGUUCUCUGUGUGCCCUAUCCACCAGUCUGCUGGGCUCCAUUUUCCCCAUGCCUCGUGUAAUCUAUGCUAUGGCACAGGAUGGGGUGCUUUUCAAAGUCUUAGCCCGAAUCAAUCCUAAGACGAAGACCCCCCUUAUUGCCACUAUGACCUCCGGUGUAGUAGCAGCCAUCAUGGCUUUCCUGUUCGACCUCAAAGCGCUGGUUGACAUGAUGUCCAUCGGCACUCUGUUGGCCUACUCCCUGGUUGCUGUCUGUGUACUGAUUCUCAGGUACCAGCCAGAUGGAUCCCUAGAGCGGCGGGCAGGCACUGGAGAGAGAGACUACCUGUCCCCUGAGGGAGAGUCUGACCUGACAGAGUCAGAGUCUCACCUCAACAUGCUGAAGGGAGGCAGCUCCACCCUGCAGGCCGUCCUGCACCCUCCUGUCUCCCCCUCGGAGCAUUCCUCCAGUGUGGUCAACAUCUCCAUCUGUGUGCUGGUGCUGGUGGUGUGCGUGGUCAGCUAUCUCACCACCUACCACAUCCCCUGCAUCCUCAGCAUGGAGGUGUGGAUCCUGGCUGUGUUGACCCUGUGUCUCCUCAUCUUCAGCGGCUGCGUCUUCAUGGUCUGCAGACAGCCUCAGACCAGCAAGAAGGUCUCCUUCAUGGUUCCCCUUCUGCCUUUUCUGCCCAUUGUGAGCAUAUUUGUCAAUAUUUACCUCAUGGUUCAGCUGAGUGGAGACACCUGGAUACGUUUCUCUGUGUGGAUGGCUGUGGGCUUCCUGAUCUACUUUGGCUAUGGCAUGUGGCACAGUCUGGAACGUCAGCGCAACCUCCAGAACCCUUUAAACGGCAGCAGCAGCCAGGAACACAAGACCAGCGAGGAGAAGCAGGGCGGUACGGGUGCAGUGGGAAAAGACCAGGAAAGUUUCAUCCGCCCAGAGAAGACCAGCCAGUGUUAAAAUGAAAAAACUGUGAGAUGACUGAUGAAGCGCCCAGCGGCUGAUGCACCUGUUUAUCCAGCUUCAGCAUGCGGUGCCUCAGUCACAAACACAUUCAGUCUGCGUCUUCAGGCAGCGUCUGAACUCUGUUCCAGCGGCCACAUGAUGGGGAGCCGCUCUAUCACUGUGAUGGAACCACACCCUGUAGGUCACAUUGCGCUUUAUGGACAGCAUGGAGGCAGAAUUGCAAAGGACAGGUUACACACUGGAGAGUGAUGUUCAUUUCCUUUAUCACUGAGGCAGUCAGUGCAAGACUGCAGCUACGCUUUUUUCUGUCAGUAUGGACUUUUUAGUGCAUGACACACAGUUUCUGUCAAUCGUUACAUUUUAUGCAGGUUUGUACAGGUGGGUUUUUAAAUGUCAUGGUCCAGAGUAUUAUUAGAUUUUGAUACACCAAUUAUGUACUACUAUUAAAAAGUAAUGCUAGUUUGUGGUAGAAGCACUCACUGGUCUUUGACAUACAGGUUCAUCUCAAUAAAUUAGAAUAUCAUAGAAAAGUUUAUUUAUGUCAGUAAUUCAGUUCAAAAAGUGGAAAUAACACAUUAUAUAGAUCCAAACAAGAUUACAAACAGAAUGAAAGAUUUCAUGUCUUCAUUUAUUUAAUUUCUUCUAAUGAUAAUGAUUAUGGCUUACAUUUAAUGAAGACCUAAAAUUCAGUGCCUCAAAAAAUGUUUCAUAUUACAAAAAGCAUUUUUUUUAGUUAAAAAAAAAUUAAUUAUUCUUUUCGAACCGAAAAAAUAAACAACAUAAACUACAACAGCGUAUGCUAGAUGCAUAUACAUAUUCAUACACAUACUCACAUAGGCACCAUUAAACAGAUGUACAUAAACAUAUAAACAUUUAUAUACAUACAGUAUAUAUAGCCCUAUACAUAUACAUGCAUCUGCCCCGUCUAAGUAAUAAGAUAGAUAUAAGAACCAGUUAAGUUAAUAUUCACUACGCAUUUCCUUAUAUCAUUUAAAAAGUAUAAAUUAAAAAAGUUAAAAAAAAAAAUCAAAAUAUAGAAAUGUUGGCCUCUGAAAAGUAUGUCCAUCUAUAUGACUCAAUACUUGGUUGGAGCUAUUUGACUUGAACUACUGGAAAUGGACUUUUCCAUCAUAUUCUAAUGUAUUGAGAUGCACCUGAAAUGCUGACUAAACAUUAGGUCAAAGGUAUGCUGUCAAUCAUAAAGUUAAAAUAUAUAUUUUAGAGCUAUUUUGUGCAUAAUUGUUUUAUAUGAAUGCAUAUAAAAGUGUGAUAUGUGUAUAAAAAGGUUAUAAAGACACUGCCGCAUUUAGACCAAGGUACAAUAUGCAAUAGUUUUGUAGGCACUUAACAUGUUGUGACUUGCCUGGUGCCAGGCGUCUUCUCUCGGUGUUAUGUAACAGAUCUUAUCAGUCCGUGCUGAGGUGAUUGAGCUGUCAGUCACGGUGGCUUUAUUCAGCAAAGGUUUACUUUUUUAAUUUCUGCUCGGGUGUGAUUUAUCUGUGAACUGUUACAAUCUGAAUUUAAAGGUGUUUGAUACUGAACUCGAAAGGUAUUUUUUUUUUAGUAAAAGUAUUUUUCACUCUAUCAGAUAACAACAUGCUGUAUUUUCCUCUUUGAUAUUUGUGCUAUAAUUAUACAAACAUGCUGUUAUUGGAUCUCUUUUAACCAGCCACCUAACAAUCAGUACAGCAAUUAAUUACAAGCAGUGGGGAAAAGUAACUACAUACAUUUACUCAAGUACUGUACUUAAGUAUCAGUUUGAGGUACUGGUACUUUACUUGAGUAUUUCCAUUUUAUGUAACUUUAUACUUCUACUCCACUACAUUUUGAGGCAAAUAUUGAACUUUUUUACUCCACUACAUUUAGCUGACAGCUUUGGUUACUUUUCAGGCCGAGAUUUAAUAUAAAAACACGAUACAUUUACCUUGAUUUGACAUUUGUUGAAAUUAAAACCUCAUAAGUAUGUUAUGAAGACAAAAUUAAUCCUUGAGAAAAUUAAAAUGCUGCUUGGAUAAAUACAUUAAUUAUAUUAAUAAUCCAAUAAUAUAUUUGGGAUAUAUAAAACAAUCUAAGUUGAUCCAUUCUGCAUAACGAGUAUAGUUUUACUUUUGAUGCUGAUACUUUUAUACUUUUACUUCAGUAAGUUUUGAAUGCAGGACUUUUACUUGUUGUGGAGUCAUUUCACAGUGUGGUAUUAGUACUUUUACUUAAGCAAGAGAUCUGAAUACUUUUUCCACCACUGACUACAAGUUAAAGUAUUACUGUAUAUGAAGUAUGUCUGUCUUGUCACAUACAGUCAUGAAAAACAUUGUUAGACCGCCUUGUUUUUCUUCACUUUAUUGUUGAUUUUAAUCCCUGGUACAACUAAAUGUACAUUUGUUUGGACAAAUAUAAUGAUAACAACAAAAAUAGCUCAUAAGAGUUUAAUUUAAGUGCUUAUAUCUAGACAUUUUCCAUGGUUUUCUAGACAAUGAUUUUGGUUAUUGUCAAAUAAACCAUGGAAAAUGUCUAGAUAUCAGCUCUUAAAUUAAACUCUUAUGAGCUUUUUUUGUUGUUAUCAUUAUAUUUGUCCAAGCAAAUGUACCUUUAGUUGUACCAGGGAUUAAAAUGAACAAGAAAUUGAAGAAAAAGGGUUGUCUAAUCAUUUUUUCCAUGACUGUAAUUUAGAAGAACUGAGCAUAUUUACAGGUUUAUUCUCAUGUGUUGAGAGUCUCAUUUCUUUGCAUCAUAACAGGUUUGAAGAGACUUCUAAACUGCCUUAAGAAUAUGUUCCUUAACUUUUUGCCUCUGGGCUUUCAGGGACCACCCUGUUCUUUCUUGUACUAUGUAAGGCUCAGUGAGCUCUAGUUGACACUUGUUUUCUGUACUGCCAGUGUUUAAUGUCAAGUCUACACUUUUCAUAGGCCAGAUACUGAGGCUGUAGGAGGAUAGUGAUUGAUUAAUUGAUAGGAUUGAUUCAUACUGUAUGUGCAGUGCGGGGGAUUCAAGGGGGACAUAUUAUGAAAAACCUGCUUGUAAACAUGUGAACAACUUGUCUGUUUUUAGAACCUGCUAAACAUGUUUCUAGCAGAAACCCAGAAUACAAGUAUGAACCUGAAAAUGAGCAGAAUGAGUCCCCUUUAAACGAAUGUGGAACAAAUAGAGAAGCUAGUAUCAGCAGGAGAGAGGUAGAUAUUCUAUAUAGUGAACCUCUACAUUACCAGUGUAGAGUCUUCCAGUGAGGUUUCAGGAUAAAGAUCUUAGAAAUAAUGAUGUCAUGAUGUAGUAUCACUUGUUAGCAGCAGCACAGACAAGUACAAUAAAUGUAUUUUACAGUAA